AUGGCGCCACGGCAUAGACUCUCAGACUCGGAGUCUGAAUCCGAUGAGCGCUCCACUACCCUUCCGUCCGACAGGGCGUUAGAGCAAGGGCUGCGCGAUCAAGUCGCCGCGAUAUUCUCUAAUGGAAACAUGCAGGACCUGACGGUGAAGCGCGUGCGCGUCGCCACCGAAAAGAAGUUGGGCGUUGAAGAAGGGUUCUUCAAGAAUACAGGUGACUGGAAAGAGAGGAGUGAUAGGAUCAUUAAGGAUGAAGUGGAAAAACAAGAAGGCAGGCCCAAGGAAAAAGAAGCUCAAAUUGCCGAAAAACCACCUUCAUCUCCACCCCAGCCUAAGAAGGCUGCUCCCAAGCGAUCGAAAGGUGAAAGCGACCCCAAGCCAAGGAAACGUCAGAAGACACAAACCCCUGUGUCAGAGGAAGUGUCGGAGGACGAGGCAUCGGACGAACUGGACAACGAACGUGAAGAAGAUGUCGCAAAGCCCCAGAAGCGAAAGACACUCGUGAAGAAGGGGCCCAAGUCGCAAUCUGCCAAAGAAAACUCGUCCGAAGCUUCUGACGUUCCGGACGAGAACCCCGAUGCUGCCAAGCCGACUGUGGAACCCACGAAUGAUGAUUCGGAGAGUGAAAUGUCCGUAGUCCUGGAUGACGAGCCUAAGCCUGCGCGCAAGAGAUCAAAGAGCACCGAGACGGCUGGAAAGAAAGAGAAAAAGAAGGCCGCUCCCAAAGGCAAGGGCAAAGAAGAAGAUCAGGAUCCGGACCAGGCAGAGAUCAAAAAAUUACAGGGGUGGCUUGUCAAGUGUGGAAUCCGCAAAAUGUGGUGGCGAGAGCUUCAACCGUAUGAGACUCCUAAGGCGAAGAUCAAGCAUCUUAAGCAGAUGCUGGAGGAUGCAGGGAUGAAGGGCCGGUAUUCUCUCGACAAGGCCAAAGCUAUCCGUGAUGAACGGGAGCUCAAGGAGGACCUGGAAAUGAUCCAGCAGGGGGCAAAAUAUUGGGGGACUGGCGAAGAUGAGGGUAGCGAUGAACCUCCGCCGCCUCGAGCUGCUCGAGGUCGACAGGCGCUCGCAUUCCUGGAGGAUGAGGAUCAGGAUGAAGAGAGCGAUUGA